AUGGCGGUGCUGCGGCCCUUCGACAAACUCCCGAAGCUCAACUCCGGCGUCCUCCUGCUCGUGGGCUCGGACGAGGCGCUGCAGCGGCAGCUGGCGGAGGCGAUCCUGCAGGAGAAGAAGGACUUCAACAUCAGCAUUCACCUUGCUACAUCCCUCCCCUUACCUUCAGAGAGGGAUCAUCUUCGACCCAGGAUAGAUCUGGUUGUGUUUAUGAUUGACAUCAAGAGCAAGUACAGCUUGAAGAAUGUUGAAACUUCCCUGGCUCAUGUGGAUGCCAGCUUCUUCCUGGGGAAAGUGUGCUUUCUUGUCACCGGGGUUGGCAGGGUGAAUGCUUGCAGCAUUGAGACGAAUGCUGUCUGUAAAUUAGGAGAAACCUACUGCAGCCCUGUGCUAUUCUGUGAGCUGGAGUUGGAAGGCAUUCGAGCUGCUACUGCUCAACGACUUGUGCGGAUGUUAGGGAUCUGUGCUGGUCACAUACCGGGAGUUUCUGCCUUGUCCUUUGUCUCGCUGAUGAGGAAGUCUGAUGAUGAUUAG